AUGGAGGACCUGCUAGAUACGGUGAUCACAAAACUGAACUUCACAAUUCCGGUGUUGAAGAAAUACGUAGACGAUUUAUUCCUCGUUCUACCAAAACCACUAGUAGAACAUACUUUGAAUAUCUUCAACCAAUUCAACCAACACCUACAGUUCACGAUGGAAAUCGAAAAAGACGGAAAACUUCCGUUCCUCGACACACUAAUCAUCCGCAAAGAAGAUCACACCCUCCGAACUGUUUGGUAUUCGAAACCAAUAUCAUCUGGACGCUUGCUCAACUACAACUCCUUCCAUCCGACCAACAUGAAAUUGAAUGUUGCUUCCAAUUUCAUCAAACGAGUAAUGCAACUAACAACAGAUACACCUAUAGAACAACAGAAGCAUGUGAUUUUCCAAAACCUACGACGCAACGACUACCCAUCCGCACUAAUCAACAGACUGAUGAACAGAAUCAAAACAGAACUCAUCACAGGACAACAACAUCAUGGUCACCACCCACUGCCAACAUCAUCACCACCACUGCCAGCGCCAACACCAACUGAACCUCAAGACCAACCGCCACCACUGCAAGUACCACCACCAGCCACAGCACCGUCAUCGACAAUCCAAACAACAACACCGCCGAUCCACCCGAUCCGUGAAUCUCCAGCACAGAAUGCACCCUCAACAUUAACAUACAGAUCAAUACCCAAUAUCCAAAUUCUAACACCAUCGAUUAUAGCCAUCCUUAGAAGAGAUUUUCCACUCAUAAAAAUAGCAACGAGAACAACACAGAACAUCAAAACACUCUUAAAGCCGGUAAAAGACCCGGUUUCGCCGUUAGACCAGCAUAACGUAAUAUACAGCAUACCAUGCAUAGAUUGCGAUAAUGUGUAUAUAGGCAUGACCACGAAUCAAUUAAAAAAGAGGCUGAGUGGGCAUAGGUCAAAUGUAAACAAACUAGUAGAGACACAAACGAACACACUCAAUCUUGAUGUAAUACAAGCAAACACAGCCCUUGUACAACACAUGAUAGACACAGAACACACGUUUGAUCUAGAAGCCACCAAAACAGUUGAUCGCACAUUACGACCAACUGCCUUGCCAGUGUUAGAGAUGUGCCACAUCCAAAACACGCCACAUACGGUAAAUUAUCGUACAGACGUUGACAAUCUCAACACCACAUACGCUGGUAUUCUACACACAGUGAAGACAACACUUAUGUGUAGAAAACAAUCCCGCCAUACUACCCGUAAUACUAUCACUGAUACCAUCGGCCAAACCCAACAAUCGCCAUGA